AAAAAAAAAACAAGGAGAGAGAGAAAGACCCACCCUUUGGUUCCUUGGAGCGAGGGAAUGAGAAGAGUCCUAAUGAGGUAAGAGCUGGGGAACUGGACUUGGAAAUAAAGGAGAGAAGAAGCUGGAGAAGAACAAGAGAUCUGCAGAGCCACCAACAGGGCUGUGGGAUGAAUCAAUCAGCAGGUAUUUAUUGCAUAUUCACUCUGUAAUCUAGUAGGGUGCCCAGACUAACACAGGGAAGCUACAAGAGAGCAGCUCUGGAUGUAAUUAAGGGCUGAUCUCAGAGGGUGCUGAUGGACGGGGCUGUAUGAUUGAUCCAGGUCCUCACGGAGGGUCAGAAUGUAGAUGGAUAGGGGACCCAGUGCCAGGAAAGGCUGAAUGGGAAGUGACAGAGAGAAAUGAGUGUGGUAUUAUUUGCAGGCGCCAUUACAUAAAACGCUUUCGUGAAGAAAGCAGUAAGAGCAGUGCCACAUUCCUUGGCUAUCUUAAGAAAAGGAAAUGGGUUUAGGAAAUAAGCACAAAAGACUUGAAAGCAGAGACUCAAACAGAUACUCGCACACCAAUGUUCGCUGCAGCAUUAUUCACAGUAUCCCAAAGGUGGAAACAACUCAAGUGUCUACCAACAGAUGAAGGGAUAAACAAAACGUGCUACAUGCAUACAAUGGAAUAUUACUCAGCCAUGAAUAGGAAUGAAAUUCUGAUACAUGCUGUGACAUGGGCUAACGAUGAAAACAUUGUACUGAGUGAAAUAAACCAGACACAAAGGACGAAUAUUUUAUGACCCCACUUGUAUGAAAUAACUAGAACAGGCAAAUGCCUAGAGGCAGAAAGCAGUGGUUACCAGGUGCUGGUGGGAGGGGAAAUGGUACAUUCUUGCUUAAUGGAUACAGAGUUUUGUUUGGGGUGAUGAAAAGUUUUGGAAAUAAAUAGUGGUAAUGGUCGCACAACAUUUUGACUAUAAGUAAUGCCACUGAAUUGUACACUUAAAAUGGCAAUUUUUUAUGUUCCCUAUGUUUCACCAUGAUAAAAAAAAAAUGAGGAAACAGGUUAGCCUUCAGCAAGCAAGAUUUAGGCUAGACAAGCGGAUCAAUUGGUGCUGGAAGAAGAAACUAAGGCUAAUAGAAGGGACUGUGAAGAAUGAGAAGUCUGACCCCAAGGUGAAGUCAAAAGAUAAUGACCGUAUCACUCUGGAGGGUUCCACCAAGGAGAAGGUGAACAACAUUUCCAUUCUGCUGAAGGACCUGGAAUUUAGUGACACCGGCAAAUAUACCUGUCAUGUGAAGAACCCCAAGGAGAACUAUCUUCAGCACCAGGCCACCAUCUUCCUCCACGUCGUUGAGAAAUUGGAGGAAGUGGACAACACCGUGACACUCAUCAUCCUGGCCGUUGUGGGCGGGGUCGUUGGGCUCCUCAUCUUCAUCCUGCUGCUCAAGAAGUUCAUCACCUUUAUCCUCAAAAAGGCUCAGGAGAAGAAGAAGGAAUGCCUCGUGAGUUCCUCAGGGAAUGAUAAUACAGAGAAUGGAUUGCCUGGCUCCAAGGCAGGAGAGAAACCACCCACGAAAGUGUGAGCCCUCUGUUUCGGGCCAAGAAGCCGCAGGGAGUCUCACUCUCUGAUGAUGAAACUGAUGCUUGAGCCGUGUCUGUAGAACCCACGUGCCUGAGACAUCUGCUGCUUGGCUCCAACUGUAGUCUUUUUGGUCAGGGAGAAACUGGGUUUCUCCCAGCCUGCCCCACCCCCUUCCCAGCCAGGGCUCCUCAGGGACAAGGGCUGGUGGGGGUGGGGCAUGGAAGGUCUGGGAAAGGGCAAGGUGGGCUGGGGUGGGGAAGGGAGAGGGCUCUGUGACCCAGCCAUGGGGCAGUGUGGAGGGGUCAUCCCCUGACACCUGGGUAGAUGGGUCUUCUUCAGCCUCCCCGGCCUGUCUGAGCAGUACCUUGGUUUCCUUCCAGAUUUCUCCUCAAGAAGGACUUGGGGAAUCAGAGAGGGCUGCCCCAGUAGCUAGACCCUGGAGAUGGGGCAAAGAAAGAGCCAUGUGUGGAGCACUAACCCUUUAUGAUGGGGGUGGGGUUGGGGUGGGAUAGAGCACUCUGACAAGAUCUGGGGGAGGGGGUUGCUGGAAGCAGGGCUACAGUGAGAGGCAAGCUUCCACUUUGUAGGGUACUUGCUUGCUCACAGUCCCUCCUGCCUGUCUUCGCCCUAGCCAACCACUGAGUUUCUGAACCCUCCUGACUAGGGCCUGCUGCCUUGGUCUCGGGGUGGGGAGGGGGGUUGGGCCCACCCACCUGCUCCUCUGACCUCUGUUACUGAGGAGUCAAUGAAGGCCCCCCCAGUCUUCCUGGAGCAUUGGGGUGCUAUCUACGCCUUUCCUUGAAUUUCUCCUUUGGGAAUUGGGGUUGCAAAGGUGGGCAUGCCCGUAUCCUAGACUGCUCAACCACUGGCACACCCAUCCCAGCCCUGCCAAGCUGGCAGCCCCUUCUCUUAGGCAUGGCAGGGCCAUCGCCACCCCUGGGAAUGCCUGAGCCUGGCUCCUCCCCACCCCCGUGCCUCCUCCUUCCCUGGUGACACAGCAAGUGGCGCCAUCCUGCCCCCUCUGCUCCCUUGGCUUCUCUGGUGCCGCUACCACCACUUCUCUCCCCUGUCCCCUGGGCUGUUCACCCCCAGCCCUGGGUCAGGGGCCUCCCUUCCCUUCAGGGCCCCUCUUCCUUUGGAUGACAGGGUGCUUGGGUAUCCUGGCUGCUUCCUGCUCAGCUGUGCCACCCUGUCUCGCACCUGGGGACUGGGAGGAGCAGGGAGAAAGCACCCAUAGUUUUACUCUGCUUUUUCCAAGAACUGAUUUGCACACCCUUUGUGAGGGGCUAGACUGUGCCUUAGCUCCCUGAAUCCUAGCUCAUACCCUCACUCUCCCUUGAGCCCAAACUUCCUGACAAAAUAGCUGAGUCUGGUGUGGCACUGACCCAAGGUCAUGGAGGGGCCUGGGGGCUGGAAUUAGGACAUCACUGGCCCCUUGGCCAGGAACUGAAUCUUGGAGACAUCUAUCUACCAAGUGCUUCCAUCAGGGGAUCCCCAACAGGGGGUGGUUGUAGUGCUGGAGAUGGGAUAACUCUGCCAUUUGCUCCCACUUCCCCAUUCUCUUAUUGAAUUUCUGAGACUCUGUGCCCUGGGCCCCAACGUGGGAUAGAAGGGGAGUAGCACCCUUUUCCAGAUUAGAUGGUAUGGGGACUACCUCAGGCUUUCCCUGACAAAAAGCAGCAGCAAGCUUCCCUGAGGGCAAAGGGGGGAUUGACAACAGCAACAGCUGGCAGGGCGUCCAUGGGCUGUGUCCCCUGUCCCUCACCCAACCCCGAGGGGCUCACCAGUUCCCAAUCUGAUCUUUCUCAGUCUCUCCUGUCAUUGUCCCCUCAAAACCCAUCCUGGGUUUGGGUUCAGAUUUUCCUGCCCUUGGAAGUGGACAGACCAGAGCUACCAGUCAUUCAGAAUGCUUCUUAUAGCUGCCUUCAUGUGAAACUUCUUCCUUCUCCCUUCCCAGCUUCAACACUAGAGCGGGCAGAGUGUCUUGGGACUUCUCCUUCUCUCUCGUGAGGAAGCCAAGAUGACCGGUUCAGAUAAAGUUGGGGGAGGAAAGCAUCAUCUGGAUCUUUCCACUCCUAGGUCUACUGUUGACAUGUAGGCAGGUCAUGUAUCUUCUUUGGGCUCAGCUUUUUCCGUCUCUAAAAUGGGUGUAAUAAUACUUACCUCAUAGGACUGUUUUCAGGCUUGGUGAGUUUUUCUUUAAAAAAUCUUUUUGGCUUGGAAAAGGAUCUGGGAGGCCAGGAAUUGUAACUGGAGGGAUCGUUCCAAGUCUGUCCAGUCCUCAGCUCUGUCUCAUCCUACGACACACAGGUCAUAUUACAUGCCUCACACAUACACAGACACUCUCUUUCCACCUCUCCCCUCAGAAUUAUGUUAGCCUUUGUAAUGUAAGAAACCUUGACUCAGAUGCUUGAAGUUUCUUAUUCAUGGCUCUUGUUUGGUGGUUUUCAAUAGAGCUGACUGGAACUAUAAGUGAGACAUUUUUGGUUGCCCCAAUGCCUGGGUAGGGGGGCACUACUGGCAUUUAGAGGGUGGAGACUAAGAAUGCUAAACUUCUUAGAGUGUGUGGGACAGUCCCCACAACAAAGAAUUGCCCUGCCCCAAUGCCAGAGUGAUCCCCAUGGAGAAACACUGGCCUGGAUUUGCAGUAGUACGUCUAUGGGCACAGUUGUCUUCCCCAAGCAGACACUGAGUGCUUACAAAUCUCCAGGUGGUCUCCAGGGGCUGGUGGGGGGCUUCCAGGGUUGUGGGGCAGAGUAAGAGCCCACUCACAGGGUUGAUCUUGGAUGCACCCUGGAUGCACCCAGCUGUCCUGACGGAGAAGUCAGUGAGACCAAGGAAAAAGUGUUUCCCAGCUCCCCACCCUUGACCUCUAAAUAAAAAACCAGUUACUGUAGAGUUGAUUCUGAUUCAUGGUGACUCCAUGUGUGUCAGAGUAGAACUGUGCUCCAAAGAGCUUUCAGCGGCUGAUUUUUUCCAAGUAGAUUGCCAGGCCUUUCUUUUGAGGCACCUUUGGAUGAACUCAAACCUCUUUUGGUUAGCAGCCAGGAACACGAACCAUUUGUGCUACCCAGGGACUUCAAAAUAGACCUCAGAGUUCCAGGUCUUGGGUUUCCCCCUGUGGAAGAAUUCAGCAAAGGCAGCCAGAGUGAAGGGAUGCUAGAGAGGUCUGGAAAAGGGCCCAAUGAAGUUCAGACCAUCCCCAUGUCUGGCUGGCUGAUAGAGCUGGAGGCUCGUUGAACCUCGUGUGAAGCGACGAUGUGAGAGUGUGCUUCCGAGAGGGCGGGAGAUGAGAGUGUGUGAAUGGCAUGGGCUUGGAGUGUGCAUGUGGGAGCGCAUGGAUGUGUGUAGGCAUGCAGGCGUGUGGAGGUGUCACUGUGGAGUAGGUGGGCAGUGAAUGGCAAGGGCGGUGUAUGAGGUGUGUAUAAAACUGUGUGUACUUGACAUGGGGGAGACUGGACAUUUCAGGAACCAUCUUCCCUGGUCUGAGCUAUACCGGUUGGGGUACUUGGAUGCUGAGAAAGGAUAAGAGACAGAAAGUAAAACCAGCCAUGGUCUUGAGCUCCAUAACUCCAUGACUCCAUGUCACCGUUACAGAGAGCUGCCGUUGGAGGGAAGCAUGUUGGGGAGAGGGAGCGUGAGGAGGGGAGACUUCUCUGGAAAAUCCUAUAGCUUGCUUCCCUUUACUUUGUCCCAGGUUGGAGUCCCUACCCUCUCAUUCCCACCUGAUGUGCAGUGCUUUUGACUAUCUUAUGCAUGGUUUCCUCUUCCGGCUUGGAUGACGACAAUAUCCGUAGUCAACUUUCCUAUGUAACUAUAAAUCAAAAAGAUGCAGCAACGGGUCUUGGGGGUCCUCAGGUCUGGGGGUGCCUCUGGGAGGCGCAGAUGUGCACAUGCCCAGCACUGGCUCAUGUUUAAGCACAGAGUGAAUGCACUCGGACUGUUUUGCACUGUAGAAUUUUAUUUAGCUUUGCCUUGGAUGAAAUAAAAAUUAUGUUUAAUAGAACUGGUUUGGAGUUUCCAUUUUUGGUUAAUUGGGAGAUUGAUUCUAGCUUUAUAACUUGCCAGUGUAGUUUGGACAAGUUUCUAAGUUUCUUUACUUCUCUGGAUCGCAGUCUUCUUGUGUCUGGAACGUUGCCUGCCUAGGUGAAAUAACACAGGUAAAAUGCUUGAGUGUCUGGCAUAUUUGUAAGCAUUCAGCUCAUAUUCAUUCCCAUGACUUCUCUGGAGAAGUUGGAAAAGUAGCCCUUUAAUAUUGGAUUAUUGCCAGAGCCCACCCUGUACUGAUGACCUUGGUGAUGAUUCUGGUACCAGUAAACACCAUGACAUUCAUACCAUCCUCUUCCCCCAGUCCCCACCCCCCAC